AUUGAAUUACAGGUGGCGUCGGGUCGAUGGCCGCUGAGCGCCGCUGCGUGUAAGGCGGUUCGAUACCUGCAGCACCUGUGCCCCGGCGUGCAGGUGUACGUCCUGCUGAGCAUCUCCGUGGACCGGUUCUACACCAUCCUGUACCCGCUGAGCUUCAAGGUGUCGCGGGAGAAAGCCAAGAAGAUGAUCGCGGCGUCGUGGCUGUUCGACGCCGCCUUCGUGUCGCCUUGCUUCUUCUUCUACGGAUCCACCGACAGCCAACACUGUGACUUCUUCUUCCUCCCGGACAGCUGGGGCGGAUUGUCCUACGCCUCCAUUCACCUUCUGUUCGGUUUCCUUGUUCCCGCGGUGCUCAUCGUGUCUUUCUACCAACGAGUGGUACGCUACAUCUGGAGAAUCAGCGCCGACGGACACACGGUUCGACGCACGAUGAACAUUGUGCCGCGGACUAAAGUGAAGACCAUCAAGAUGUUCCUGAUGCUGAACUCGGUGUUCUUCCUCACCUGGACGCCUUUCUACAUCGCCCAGCUGUGGCACCCGAAGGAGUCGAACAGUCGUCAGGGUUUGCUCUUCUUCACCGCCAUCGCCUGGAUCUCCUUCAGCUCCACGGCCUCCAAACCCACGCUGUACUCCGUCUACAACGCCAACUUCAGGAGGGGCAUGAGGGAGACCUUCUGCAUGUCCUCCAUGAAGUGCUACCGCAGCAACGCCUACACCAUCACCGCCAGCUCUCGAGUCGCCAAAAAGAACUACAUCGGGGUCGUGGAGAUCCCCGUCCAGAACAAGGCGGGCGCCAAGGACUCGGUUUACGAUGCGUUUGGUCGGGAGGCGAAGGGGAAGAAAGUCGCCUGGAGCUCAAACGCUAACCCCCCGAACACUUUUGUCUAAAAACAAAUUAUUUAAAGGUUCCCUGUCAUACUGUGUUUCAUCAAUAUAUCCCAGGUCUCAGAUAUAUCCAGAGCCUGUCUCUGAUUGGCUGAAACACCAAACAGAUCAUUUCAGCAUUACCCAUAACCCCCUCUGUUUAAGCCCUGAUUCUCUCUCUGUUACUUUAGAUGAAAAUAAGGAGCCCCUCCCCACGACCCUCUGAGAGAGACUUGGUUACAAAGAACAC